GCGCUUCAACAACUUGUACACCACUCUCAAUCCCAGAUCUCUCUAUGCACAAAUUUCCCCUCAGUGCUAUUGAUUAUUCCAAAGAUAAAAGCCAGCAACCGUGGUAGAUGUAUGAUACAUUCAGUUGACGACAUGGCCUCUAAUCGGGUCUCUUCAGCGCCGCAUAACGUCGAACAAAUCACCCGUCUAGCUCAAGAUUACGAAUACAAUCCUGCAAUACCGUUGAAAUUAUGGUUGAGGACGGCAAAUUCUCUGGUCAAGGAGGCUGAAAUAUACGAGCGCGAGGGCCACGAUGAGCAGGCGUAUUUAUUACUCUUCCGACAUGCGCAACUGGUACUUGUCAACCUAGUCAACCAUCCAGAUGCGGAACUCGAAAGCAACCGUCAAGGCCUCCUCGCCGCGGAAAAGCAGGUUCGAAUCAACAUCAAGAAGCUCGAAAGCUUAAAACCCCUGAUCAACAAACGCUACGAACGAUAUCAGCAGCUAUUACAAAAUCGCGAGUCCCGGAGAACCCAGUCUUCGCAAUCACGGCAUGAACCUCCCACUUCUCGUUAUCAAAGCUUUUCCAACCCGGCGCUGUCUGGUACAGCGCAACCGCUGGAGGCAGGAGAGAAUAGAGAGCUUGCAGUGCAGAUCGCUCACAGAGAGAUAAAUCGUCGGGAAAAUAUUAAACGAGCCAGGGCAAGCGGUAUAAGUCAAGAUGAAGAACGCACUCGAAGGACUGGGGGUAUGUGGGGAGACUGGGAGCAAGCCCUAGGUGAACAAAAGCCUAGUCAUCCUGCAGAUGAUCUCAGCCGGCGCAUUCAGGAAGUUCGGUUACGGAUGGAAGAGCCUAGGUACAGCCAGUCUCGUCAGAAUACGGAAGAGGAGACGUCUUCGACGUACAAAUAUCCCACUGUACCCAAACAUAAGCCAUACGAUGGACGAUCACAUGGCGUACCCAAGCCAGCGUACGGUCAACUAGAGCCACAGGAAGCUCCCAUGCCACCCCCGAAGGAAUUCAGAGAGAACACAUAUUCCAUCGAAGAGCUACCUCCGCGUCCGAGCAAGUUUCUGUCCACUGGUCCACCUUUACCAUCAAAAGAAUCAACGAAACCACCGGCUGAUCCAUCAGACCUCAACCCAUCAACAUUUACAUUUAAACCGUCAGCGUAUCUUGAAAACGGGACUCCUUUGCGGACGGUCUUUCUACCCCCUAAUCUCCGCCAGGAGUUCCUUAGACUAGCUGAUUCUAAUACUCGGCGAAACCUGGAAACGUGUGGCAUCCUGUGCGGAACAUUAAUCUCCAACGCUCUAUUCAUAUCCAAACUACUCAUACCCGAGCAAGAAUCGACAUCGGAUACUUGCGAAACGGUCAAUGAAUCAGCCAUCUUUGACUACUGUGACUCUGAAGAUCUCAUGGUACUCGGCUGGAUCCAUACACAUCCAACUCAAACAUGCUUCAUGAGCUCUCGGGAUCUUCAUACGCAUUGCGGUUAUCAAGCAAUGUUACCUGAGAGCAUAGCAAUAGUCUGUGCCCCGACAAAGGAUCCUGACUGGGGAGUUUUCCGUCUUACCGAUCCGCCAGGCCUGAAAUCUGUUCUUGGCUGCACACAAAAGGGACUAUUCCAUCCUCAUGCAGAGACGAACCUAUACACGGACGCGCUUCGACCUGGCCAUGUAUUUGAAGCUAAAGGGUUGGAGUUUGAGACAGUCGAUCUUCGUCCAGGGAUAUAGAAAGUGCUUACACGGCUGGCUAUUGAUGAUGGAGUGCAUAUAUAUGUAGAUCACGAAGUAAUGUUAGAUAUACCC